UAUACGUUCAUGACGUUCAUCAUAUCGGCAUCAUAGAAACAGAGGCAUGCAACUAAUGCAUAGAGAAAUGUACAUCGUCUCUAAACUACUACAACCACAUGAUAAGCAUAAAAAGAGGGGACCUUGUAUUGUCAGGUAAAUAUAUGCACCAGAUGCGGCAGUAAGUAAGUACUUGGUAUUGCUGACCUCAGUCUUGGUUCACAAGACUGAGGGGAAACAAUAUCGUACUUGGAAGUUUACUAGAACAGGUUGAGAGGUAGAAUGACGUGGGCGGAGGUAUCAAGAAUGAUUGGGGAUAUAAAAUAGAUAUAUAGGAUGGAUCGUGAUGCUGACCCGUUGUAUCAUCUUUCAGCCCUCAAGAGUCGCGAACCCUCUUCGUCCGGUUACUCCCCACAAUUCACAUUUUAACAUCCUCGUCGCCAUCGCUCUCAUCGCCAUUGCCAUUGGCAGUGUUAGCAGGGUUAGAAGUGUUAGAAGUAUCGCUAGGGUGACUAGUGUCAUCGCCAGGGACUCGGACGCUCAAGUACUCAGCGUCGCUACUGGCAGAGUUGCUGGAGUGACUGGAGUGACUAGUGUCGUUAGGAUUACUAGAAGUGCUAGAAGGAGUGUUGGAAGUGUUGGAAGGAUUGCUGGUGUGACUCUUGUCGGGGGCCCGAGUGUUCAAGUAGUCAACGUCGCUAUUGGGAGGGCCGCUGGGCAUGCUGGGCAUGCUGAUAUCGUUGGAGGCCCGAGUGUCCAAGUAGUCAAUGUUGCUGUUUGGAGGGCCGCUAGGCACGCUCGGUCGACUAACAUCGUUAGAGGUCCUAGUGUCCAAAUAACCAACAAGGUUAGAGCCAAGCCCCUCACGCUUAGCCAAAGCUUCCUCACAAGAAAGUUUCAUCCCCGAUGGUGUGGGAUAUGCUGCCGCAAUAGCGAUAAAGGAAAGGAGUGUUUUCAAGACAAUUCUUAUACCUUUGACCACAUACGGACGUAUCGUAAGGGCCCAAGUCAAAAGUUCUUCUAUGCUAUCAUUUCGGUUCGGUCUCCAGCGGCUGGUAUGAACUUCAAGUUCCUUCUCUUGCUGUAACAGUUACUUCGACUAGGUUAUCUCAUCAUGAGUUCAUGAGGCGUCUCUAGUAAGUUAGGUGAGGUCACAGAUAGGCGUGGUACGAACUGAGUCAAGUUCUGGAACUUCCAGAUGCUCUUGUUGAAGAUGGUACUCGAUGAAAAGGCCCAAUAUCAGAAUCUGUCAUACGCUCUCGUAAUGUUCGAACUGGAAGGUGAGCGGCACUUAUUAGUAGCUUCGUU